CAUUCUCUUCUGCAAAACAACCUUGUCCCCAGAAAAACAAUAUUCUCUACAGAGUUUUUUCUUUUUUGCAUUGUUUUCGCAUCAUUUUAAAAAAGAUGGAAGAUGCCAUGAGGAGACUUAAUCAAGAAUCUGAUCAUCUCCCUCUUCAAAACACCACAAACUCUACUACUACUAAAAGAUCAUCAUGUGCCACAAACAAAAGAUCACUCAAAGACGGUGGUGGUUCCUCCGUCGGCACCGUGAGGUACCGUGGAGUCCGCCGCCGUCCAUGGGGACGUUACGCGGCGGAGAUACGUGACCCACAGUCUAAAGAAAGAAGGUGGCUUGGUACUUUUGACACUGCUGAAGAAGCUGCUUGUGCUUAUGAUUGUGCAGCUAGAGCUAUGCGUGGUGUUAAAGCUCGAACUAAUUUUGUUUACCCUCCUCCUAAUUCUAUUGCUCAACCUACUUCUACUAACGAUGGUUUUCUUAAUAUUCCUUCGUUUAACUAUACUAGUUUUAAGCAGGGUUCUAAUACUCUCAAGGACUUGUCGAAUAGACAGUUGUUUCACUCGACUUAUAGUUCCACUAGUCCUUAUGGCAGGGGUGUCAAUGGUACGGUUAGUUCAACGUGUCAGAAAAGCAAUGAUUCUUCUUCUUUAAACAUGCUAUUCUUUCGCGAACUUCUCAACUCAAAUUCCUCCAACAACAAUACUUCUUCCUUUUCGUCAAACAUUGGUUACUUGAACACAAAUACUAUGCCUAAUUUGUAUGAACAACUGCCAAAUUUCAUGUUCAAUCGCAAUACUACUAGUGGCUCUUCUUUUUUACCCACUAACAAUGUUGUUAUUCCCAGCUCAUCCGUUAUGACUACUGUGCCAAAAUUCGAAAAUGUUGUUCAUAGUACAGUCAGCAGUACUACUUGUAUAGAUGAUUCUACAGGCAUGGAUUUUUUUCCAUCUGAGCCAUCUGAUUCUGGAUUACUAGAAGAGGCCUUAAAUGGUUUUUUCCCGAAGCCCAAGUCCAUCAAGUCAGAGCCAUUGUCUUACUCUUCUAAUGUUUCUACUAUAGGAGAAUUAUCUGGACUACUUCCUAAUUUUCCACAGCAGAUUAACGAUGGUUUAAACAGUGAUUUUGGAUUUUCAUCACAAACGACGUCAUCUUUUCCAGUGUGUAAUCAAGAUUAUUUUCCAGCAAAUCUUCAGGUGUCACCAGGAGACAACAUGAUGGGAGACAUAUUUCAGUAUCCAGACCUUCUCAGUAUAUUUGCAGCUAAGCUGCAAAAUGCUUGAACUUUUAACUGCAUGUUGCAGGACUCUAUCUAAGCUAGUGAUCUAACGUACUGGUUUCUGUUGUAUGGUACUUUAAUAUUGUUGACAAGAAAGUUUUUAUGUUGCUAGUAUUAUCUGGAUGUAAGCUGUUUCCAGUUUAAAAAAUUAGGGUUUUGAAGAGAAAAAAACAAAGCAGAAGAAAGUAGCUGUUGAAUUGUACAACUUUGAAGUUGUAUGUAUUAGUGUUACUUUAAGG